UGUGAUUCUCCUUCAUGCUUUUUUCAUAAUAUAUACUUAAUUAAAGCACUCUAUUUCACACUACUAUUCCUCUCAUUUCAUGUUUAACUUAAUUUUUUUACAUCAUUCUCAAAAUGAAGACACUGAAAAACACAAUCUUAGUGUACAUUUUUCAUAAUUUUUAAAUAUUUUUAGGCUCGAAUCCUAAAGUUAAAAAAAGAAGGGAAGAAAAAAAAAGGGAUUAGGGGUGACCCUUUUGUUGAUUCUCUACUUAUAUGACUAUUAGAUGCAAAAUGAAGUGAGAUUUUCAAUGUGGUGUUGAAUUGAGAAGAAGAUGAGUUUGUGGUGGUGAUUUUCAAUAAUGGAACCUCCUAAGGAAUUUUGGGCUUCAUUAUGGAGUUUCAUAUGCUUUCUACCAUAUUUCAUCGGCCUUUGGCUUCUAGGCAACAUCAAAGGUAUCAUUUUAUGUCCAUUGAUAUGCUUAAUAAUGACAAUUGGUAACUCAACUAUCAUAAUUUCUCUUUGGAGCAUGCACACUAUUUGGACAUAUUACUGUGUUAUAAGAUGUAGACAAUUAGGACCUUUAUUGAAGCUUGUGAUGUGCACAAUUCUACUACCAGUAAUGUUGAUUUUAUGGCCAAUUGUUGGAAUUAUUGGAAGUAUUAUAGGUGGAGCAGCCUAUGGAUUUAUUUCACCAUUAUUUGCUACUUUUGAAGCUAUUGAAGGAGGAAAAAACAACAAAGUUUUCCACUGUUUUAUUGAUGGAACAUGGAGCACUAUUUUAAAGAGCUUUGAUAUUGUGAAGGAUGUGAUAAAUGCAUGUUUUCAUACUUAUUUCUCUUUUAUGGACGACUUGAGACAAGAGGGACCACCUAAUGGAAAAUAUUAUGAGAUGAGGCCAUAUUAUCUUCCCGGUGCUAUUGUAGCUGCAAUUUUAGGAAUCAUAGUUGAUGUGCCAAUUAUAUCAUUUGUUGCUGGAUGUAAAGUUCCAUUCAUGCUUUUUAAAGGGUGGAACCGUUUGUUUCAUGACCUAAUAGGUCGUGAAGGACCUUUCUUGGAGACAAUUUGUGUUCCUUUUGCAGGCCUUGCUAUCCUUCUAUGGCCAUUGGCUGUUGUCGGCGCGUUUCUGGCGUCUGUCAUAGCAAGUAUCUUUCUCGGUGUUCGAGCAGGCGUUGUUACCUAUCAGGAGUCUUCUUUAUUGUUUGGCCUUAGGUACAUUGUUGCCUCUUUGUCACUUUAUGAUGAAUACAGUAAUGAUGUUCUUGACAUGCCAGAAAGAUCAUGCUUCCCAAGGCCUAACUAUCGACGAGUCGAAAUAUCACAGACAAAUUCAGAUACAAAUUCCAUCUCAAAAACUAAGUCGUUAACAAAGACUAUUUCUCGCACAAUUUCUUUAACAAAUAACAUCGCUGAGUUGAAACCAUUUGAGUUAUUGGAUGGCUUGUGCAAGGAAUGUCUUCAAUUAGGAGAAACAUUGGUUUCUCAAGGACUAAUUACACAUGAUGACAUACAAGAAGCCAUGUUUGGUAAAGAAAGUAGAGUCAUUAGUAUUGGUUUGCCAGCAUAUUGUCUUCUUCAAGCACUUUUACGCUCUAUUAAAGCUGAUUCUCCGGGUAUAUUAAUAACUGAUGAUACUGAACUAACUACAACAAAUAGACCAAAGGAGAAGUUUUUUGAAUGGUUCCUUAAUCCACUUUUGAUCAUGAAAGAUCAAAUCAAAGCUCAAAAUCUCUCUUUAUCGGAAGAAGAUUACCUAUGCAAAUUAGUUCUAUUCAAUGGUGAUCCUAAUAGGGUUAAAAGUUUAACUAUUGGUCCUCCACCCGAAUCCGAUCGCAAACUUGCCGAACUUGAUGCAUUGGCUAGAAGACUUCAAGGUAUCACUAAAUUUAUCACAAGAUUCCCGACAUACAAACGACGAUUCGAUGUUCUUGUGAAAACAUUGUCUGAAGAGCUAGCUGAUAAAUAUGGAAAUUCAACAAUAAUAAGAUCAAAGAGUGCUUUUCCUAGAAUUUUUAGUUUGAAAUCCUUCAAAGUCAAUAAAACUGUUGGUUCUGAUCAAGAAUCUGAACUUGGAUGAGUUUCAGAAACUUCAUUUUAAGAAUAUAUUGUUACGUAAGUUUUUUAUUCAGUCUUGUUUAUGUAUAGUCUAAGCAUGAUAGAAAAUAAAAUUGACACUUAGUGAUUAUAUUUAACUACUUCUACUUGUUCAAAUACUACAUGUCAAUGUCACAUUAUGUUGACUUGUGAGUUUUACAUUAUUUUAUCAAAUUGUGUUUAAAGUGUUUGUACAA